AUGGGCAAGUUGCAGUUGUUUGAAAUCAGCUUUGAUCCCAGUCAGCCUGUGUUUAUUGCCGGGUCAGUUGUCAGAGGGACAGUCAAGCUAGAGUUGAAGGAUACGCUGAAAAUGAGAGGUGUACGUAUCACGUGUUUUGGGCGAGCGCAUGUGCACUGGUCAGAAGUCGAGAAUGUUGGUCACCGUGGAGGGAGACAGAGAGUGGAGACAGUAGACCACACCGCAGAAGAGGAAUAUUUCCAGUUUCGCACCCAGUUGUGGCCAGAUGAACAAAGCUCCGAAGACGCCAACAACUCAUUAGGAGCCGGCCAGUACACAUUUCCAUUCGAGUUUCAGCUUCCAUCUGAUCUACCACCAUCAUUUGAAGGGGCUUUUGGCUAUAUCCGAUACUGGAUAAAGGCCACCAUAGAUGAACCAUGGAAGUUUGACCACCACACGAAACGGGCAUUUUCAGUGAUACCAUGCAUGGAUAUUAACCAGUAUCCCGGUAUAGGGAUGCCAAUAGAGUACCGAGGGGAGCUACGAACUGGUUGCUGCUGCGUGCCUUCUGGUCGAUACAAAGGAUCUCUGUCAACCACCAGAAAAGGCUUUGUGCCCGGAUCGGAGAUAGGGUUCAAUUCUGAAAUAGAAAACUUAACGGGUUCAACGUGCUGGGCUGAGAUUACCCUCAAGAUGCAUAUAACUUACCAGGCAGAGGGAAAGUUCAAACAAGAGAAGAAAGUUAUCAGUUCUUUGUGUAAAGAACAGAUUCCCCGGGGGAAGAACUACGUCUGGAAAGAUCGGAUACAAGUGCCACCGCUUCCUCCUUCCCACCUGAAAGGCUGCAAGUUAAUUGACUGCAAAUAUAUUUUACAGAUUGACUUUGAAGACGAGAUCGUGAUUGGCACCUUGCCGUUGGUCACCAGGGCUUCAGCCAGAAAAUCGGCUAAUGCAGGGAGACAUGAUUCCAUUGUUGCGGGCAUGCCAGGCAAAGGCGCAUUGAUAACGGUUGAAGGAAACCCUAGCUAUGAGGAAUGUUCAUUGUUCAGUAAAGUCAGUAUCAAAGAUAAAGACGACACAGAACACACAUUUGGUGAGCUGGUCUUCACGCCAUUAUACGCCUUCUACUCAAAUAAAUCGUCUAAACCACGGAUUGCAAGCAAUACUCAAUGA